CAAACCUCUUAUCCCUUUCCUCAAGUUAAACGACAUUGGGCAACCAUGCUUUCUGAUUCGCCCGCCUCGACGACGACCUACCACCUCUACACCUUCUACUGCUCCAGCUGCGCAGCCCGUAUCCGGAUCGCAACGAACCUCAAACGCAUUCCGGUCAUCUCCCACUAUGUCAAUAUGCAAAGCGACGAGCACGAGACCGAAGACUAUCGCGAGCUGAAUCCAAGCGCAUCUAUACCUACCCUUGUAGUCGAAACCUCCAACGGCGCCAGAGGCGAACCCUCCAAAUUCAGCAUCACGCAGUCCGUCGCUAUCCUGGAGUACUUCGAAGAAGUCUUCCCCGACAGCAGCCCUCUCCUCCCCCCUCCCUCGCAGCCAGAAGCAAGAGCAAGAGUGCGAGAGCUCAUGUACAUCAUCACGAGCGACAUCUUCCCGCCUACCAAUGCGCGGAUCGCGCAGCGUGUGCGCGGUAUUCGGAACUCGCGCGAUGACCAAAUGUCUUUUGCAAGGACUAUCUUCAAUGAAGGGUUUACGGCGUAUGAGAAGAUGCUAGAGCGGUAUUCGAAGGGGAAGAAGUAUUCUGCUGGGGAUGAGGUUACACUUGCGGAUGUGUGUCUCGUGCCGCAGGUCCAGCAGGCGAGGUUUUAUGGGGUGGUGGACUUGGGGCAGUGGCCGCUGUUGAGUGGGGUCAUUGGGAGGUUGGAGGAUUUGGAGGCGUUUAGGAAGGCGGGGUGGAAGUAUCAGGGCGAUACGCCGGAGGAGCAUAGGGUGAAGGAGGAGCAGUGAAGCCCGGAUGAAGGCCUUCUGGCUGAGCUUUCUUAUGGUUUUCUGAGGACUUUUUAGUAAGAGGGAGAGUAGGGUAUCUCUCUGACCAGGUUACGGAGAGUGGUGGGAAAGGGGCAAUAUGGAAGCUUGGCUAAACCGUGCUUGCGUCCGAUCGUCCCUUUCUCCUUCAAAUCCCUCCUCGCGCAUACUGGAGCUUCAUCAGUGUCCACCUUUUUUCGACCGCCCCUGUCCGCUGUUCACGCCAGGUAUCCAUUCUUGC